GCCCGCCCAGUCGCCGGCCGCCCGCCCUGCAACGCACGCGCACGCUACACAAACGCCAGAAUUCACGCUACACUUGGACCAAGAGCCACGCAUCAAUGGAAACGAGCUGAUGAUUUGCCAAGAUGUCUUUCAGAAAUUACUAUGAUACACCUUCGUACAGUCGGAGUAGAGACACCAACAGAACGAAUACGACAACCGCGACUACAGACAGACCAACAACCGUCACGGCGAAGUAUAUUAACACAACACCGUCGUACAAGUCAUCGAGUAUUCCGAUUCUCUGUACGGAAAGGGCUACUAAAGAAGAUACACCCAUUUCAACUAUUGCCAAUCGAUAUGCCAACUAUAAUAAAAACGAUAAAGCCGCCUCCAAAUAUGAAAAUGCCAAAUAUGAUAAUACGAAAUACGAUAACGCCAAAUAUGAUAACACCAAAUAUGAUACACCAAAAUACGAUAAUUCGAAAUAUGAAAAAGGAAAAUAUGAAAAACCCAAAUAUGAGAACACAAAAACUGAGAAACCUAAAUACGAUAAUACUAAAUAUGAUAAAUCUAAAUAUGAUAAGAAAGACUACUCUAAACUUGCUGUACCAUCCCUCACUACGAGUAGAGAAAAAGGAAGAGACACGAGUCCUGUAUCAGUAUUAUCAAAAUAUAGUCUCACACGCCCUACAAGGCACAUAAGUCCUGAGAGAAAAUCUGUUAAAAAUAUCAAAGAUAAAUCCCGAGAUCAUAGUCCCGGAGAUCGAGACAAAGACAUUCCAAGUAAGACUGACAAGUCUGCAGGCUAUAAUAGCUUGUCGAGCUACAAACUAUAUCCACGAACAUCAAGUUAUUCACGCCCUUCAUCUAGAACAGAAGUCAAACCAGAAAUUACCGUAAAUAGAUAUGCAAUUGCCAGUCGGUUAUCAUCAUCAUAUUUGAGGAGUCCGCCCACAGUUAAAAGAACUUCCGUAUCUCCCAUUAACCAUUCCGACUCCACAAAAUCUGAAUCAGAAAAAAAUCUACAAGUAACAACUCCAAUACCCUCGAUAGCAAUAAUCGAAGAAUCAACUCGACCUCACAACGCGCCUCUCGAAGCAAUUAAUACGACACAGGAGAGUACGGAGGUAUUUAAAAAUAAUGAAGACGAGAAUGAAACUGAAACGUUAACAGUAGUUACGCGACACACUUCACCAACGCCGCCUGGCUCUUCGGCAUACGUUAGAAGUAGAAGAGCUGAUAUGGCAAAGACUUUUGAAAAAACAUAUAUCAGGUUAAAGAAAAGACCUCAAAUGCUGGACAAAGAAAUACAAUCAGACAGAUUAGAUGACCCGACACGUUUGAGUCGCUUUGGCAGUACAGCGAGAACUAGUAUGACUAACUGGUCAUAUUAUUCGCCCAGCAGUAGUAGUUACACAGGAUACGCGGGCAGAUAUUCUACACAAUAUUCCAAUUUGAGAGAAAAUUCAAGUAGCAAUUCUUAUAAUGAUAGAAAUAGCAGAAGCCAAAGUACAGAGCCGUCCCCCGUCCCCCCGCCCUCCAACCUCUCCCAAGAUAUUAUGAAUACACUGUCCCAUUCUGAUAGCAAAAAUGACAAUGUGGUUCCGGAUAAUGUGAUAUUAUCUGAAUCAAAUCAAGAUAUUGUUGGUGUUUAUGAGAAAGAUAAUAAUGAUGAUAAUAACGAUACAUCAGAAAUUAUCAUCAACGUAAAUCUUAAGUUAAAAAGAGCAAAGAGUCCUGUGGCGGCUGCAGAAUUAGUGUCACCAGAAAUAACGAUUACGAAUAGUCAAUUACCUCCACAGGCACCAAAAACAGAAGCAAGUACAAAAAUUAAGAAGUCCAAGAUUAGAAAAUCUAGUACGGAAUCAUCCACAGACUCAUCAUCUAAGAAGAAAGUAGCAAAAAGGAGGAGCAAAUCAGUUAGUUCCACUGACUCCGACCAAGGCAGUGAAGUUAGCGAAAAAUCUACGGCAUCAACAACAAAAAGUAAACCGAGAACAUCAUCAUCUACCAAUUUACAAAAUAGUCCUUCCAAAUUGAAACAUUCCAAAUCACGGGAAAGCAAUAGUCCUGAAUCAAGUAUAACAUUAUCAACACAAUCAUCUGUAAGUGAAGAUGAAAAUAUUAUUAAGACAAAAUCUAAUGAUAUGUCCAGAACAUCCGCCGACGAAUUGUCAUUACCAACUGAUAAAUCGGGAAGACAGCCAUCGCCUGCUCCAGCUCCUAAAAAUGAUGGUGUCACAGAAGAAGCUAAAUCAUUUUUGAUAAGGGCACUUGCUCCAGUAACUAAUCUUUUUAAAAUGCGACAUCAAGAAUCAAGUGAUAACAACAGAUGGCUUGAGAAUUCUACUUCAGAAUCAACCGGAAAAGAUGUUUCUAAUCUUAUAACAGAAAGUGAUAGGUCCUCUAAGAAUAAAAAUGUCAUUGCUACAAACGACGAUAAUUUGGUGAAACUUAAGUCUAUCAGACCGAUAGAGUCUGGUGAAAGAGCUUGGUGGUUAGAUUCGGAAUCAGAUAGGAAAAACAGCUACCCCAAUAGCGAAAAUCAAAAAUCUGCAUCAGACAAAAACGUCCCAAGGAAGAUAAGACACGUAGAAUCUGGAGAAAAAGCAUGGUGGCAAGAAUCUAACAGUGAAAAUAAGAAAGAUAAUCCGGUAAUAAAUAACACGUCAGACAAUUCCGAUCCCGGUAGACAAUUGAAAAAGUGUAAAUUUUUAGACGAUGAAAAGCCUUGGUGGCUCGAUAGUAGUGGAAACAUUCCUGAAGGCAUCGAGCGAUUGACUCCUCCUAGAAAGUCAUCCAGUGAUAGUGAAAAAAGUGAUAAAUUUAACUUUUUCAAAGUCCGGCGUAUAGAGUCAGGUGAUCAAAGAGAUUGGUGGGCACCUAGUAAUGAAAACUCAUCCAAUAGUAACAAAAAUGAUGUCCAAGCAUUAAGCAAGUCAGGUUCUGAAAGAAACUUCCCACUCAGGCGCAUUAGACAUAUAGAAUCUGGUGAGAGACCGUGGUGGUUAUCAAGUGACAAAAACAUUCCAGAAGGCAUAGAGAAAUUACCAACUCCUCCGCCACAGCAUGAUAGCGACUCUUCUGACGAAGAAGUUCAAGUUUACGUUCCACAAUCACACGUGCCCCCAUUCCCCUUACAUCUGCCAGAUGACGAGCCGUUAGGGGACAGACGAAGCCCUGAAGGUCUAGAAACUCCUAAAGAAAACGAAAUUUACAGAGGACGUUCAUCACCGUAUGAAAACAAUCGCCAGUACAGGAGGAAAAGUGCUAGUGCAUACCAAAAAGGUCCCGAAAGAUAUAUUUCGAGGUAUACAGACAUCGAUGACAUCUUGGGUACUUCUGGGCAAAUCUAUAGUCCAUUUAUGGAUUCAAUUUUGGCGAAAAGGAUCGGCCAACUUCCUUUUGAUGAUGAUGAUGAGUGUGAAGAAAUAGACCCCACACAAGUGAGGAUUCAUGACAGUACUCCUCAAAGGCCGGUCAUCAAGAAGAUCCGUUCAAGAAGCGACAUCAUUGACAUCCGGAACGAGGAUCAGUUGGACGAUGCGACGCUGCAGGUAUUUAAAGACGGCGACUACGGGCCCUAUCUCGACUUGGACUCUACGCUCGGAGAACAAGAUGAAGAAUUGGAAGGGCUCCAAGACAAUCGCAAAAAUGCUCUCGUCCUACGAACGCAGUUGUCCGUACGAGUCCACGCUAUUAUCGAACGGCUGUUACACUCCCAAGGGCGCGAACUUCGAAGGGCUCUCUUUUCCCUCAAACAAAUACUACAAUCAGACAAGGACUUGGUGCAUGAGUUUGUGGCUAACAAAGGCCUGGACUGCCUCAUGCAAGUCAGCAGUAUGGCCGACCAUAACUACUUGGACUACAUUCUCAGGGCCCUUGGACAGAUUCUUCUUUACGUUGACGGAAUGCACGGCGUCAUGGGCCACAAACGCUGCAUCCAAUGGCUGUACUCUCUAAUCUCAAGCAAAUUCAGACACGUAGUCAAAACUGCUCUCAAGUUGCUUCUAGUGUUCGUCGAAUACACAGAAAAGAAUUGCCUUCUACUCAUAGAUGCCAUUGUCGCCGUAGACGGUGCUAAUGGCCGACAAUCUUGGUACAAUGUUAUGAAGAUACUACAAGACUUUGAUGCAUCAGAUACUGAACUCUUAAUAUAUGCUACAACACUCAUAAACAGAUGUCUGAAUAAUGUACCGGAUAGGGACACGUAUUAUGACCAAGUGGACGCUCUGCAAGACCAGGGUAUGGACGACAUCAUCCAGUUAUACAUGUCGAAGCAAGGCACGGAUUUGGACCUGUUGCGUCAGUUGCAGAUUUUCGAAGCCGUCUUAUUGUAUGAAGAUGGUGAUGAGAGUGGCACUGCGCUUAAACAAUUGGAUGAAUCUGUUGUCACGUCAGUGCGUCGUAGAAGUCUGAAUUUAAACACAUCCGAAAGAAGAAAAUCAAAAAAACAUCAAAUAAAGGAGAAAGCAAAACCACCAGUUAUCACUCAUCCAGAACCUGAAAUUAAAAUCUCAAAUAACCAUCGAUCUCAGUUCCUACCAUCGAUCAUGGAUAACAAAGAAAAUAAAGAAUUAAGCACAGCAUUGCGAAGACGACGGGAUAGAUUCGCAAGGCAGGCACACCACAUUAUACAACAGCAGGAAAUGAUGAACAGCAAUGGCAACUAUAAUGGAAUGUUCUCUAAUGGUACUUAUACAAGUACUAAUGGGACUUAUUCUAGUACUAAUGGUACUUAUACUAGUACUAAUGGGAAUUUUACUGGGACUAACGUCAACUACACGAACACUAAUGGUAACUUUACUACUACCAACGGUAAUUGCAAUGGAAAUUACACACCAGUUAAAAGUUACACAAACAAUAUUGGUAAUCAUAAUUGCACCAACCACUACAGCAUUGGAGUCAAUGGUCAUCAAGAAGAAGAAGAUUCCUAUUUAAAUGGAAAGAAGAACCUGCAUUUGGCUGAUGUUUUAAAGAAUGGAAAUCAAAAAUACACAGCCGGACUAAAACAAAGGAUUCAAAAUGGGACCCUUGGCCAUAGCGUUAGUGCUGCGGAUGCUUUAGCAGUUAUACGACAGAAACAGCUAGAAACAACUCCAGAAACCAAAGACGAUCGAGGUAUUAUAGCCAAUAGAGAGCAUAGUAUCAAAGAUCUAGCACAGAGGUUGACCAGUCCUGUAAGCCCUACCACGGAAGAUAAACCAUUAAGGGUAUCGGAGAUGACUGGAAUAGUGUCUAAAGCCAAAGAAGAAUUAGCUAAAUCUCAAUCAAAAGAAGUAAUUAAAAAUCCAGCUAUAGAGAAAUCACCAAAAGUGCACGAGAUAAAAGUAUCAGAAAAUGAUCUGCACUGGGAAGAAUUAAAAAAAGGGUGCCUGCACAGAGAAUUCCAUUUGUGUGAUCUCGAUUUUUCUGAUCUUCGAUUUGAUUCAGAUGACGAUGUGUCAUCACCAACUGUCAAUGCGGCUCUUGGUCCACCACCUCCGCCUCCUGGAUUAUUUCCUCCAGUCACAGCUCCCCCGCCGCUGCCUGGCUGUUUUCCUACAUUAUCCAAAAAUCCCCCUGCACCUCCUCCAAAUACUUUAUCGUCUGAACUAUCAAACGAUUCUGACAGCUCUACCAUAAAGAAAAACAAGAAAACAGUGAAACUGUUUUGGAAAGAAAUACAAGAGAACCCGGUACCCGCGCCGAUCAGGACUAAAGUCGGUGGUUUCAUAUGGGAUGAUUUGCCUAAUGUUAGCUUGGACACAGCUAUGUUGGAACACCUAUUUGAAUCCAGAACUAACGAUCUGAUAAUUAAGGAGAAACUUAUGGAACCUAAACGGAACUUGAUUCUUGAUACAAAGAGAUCUAACGCUAUAAACAUUGCCAUGAAGAAGCUACCAACCCCGCAGACCAUAAAGGCCGCCAUCAUGAAAAUGGAUGCGACAGUUAUCGGAAGAGAUGUCGUUGAAAAACUUCUCACCAUGCUUCCUACAGAAGAGGAAAAAAUCAAAAUUCAAGAAGCUCAGUAUGCCAAUCCAGACCUGCCACUCGGAAGCGCCGAACAGUUCCUUUUAACACUGGCAUCUAUAAACGAAUUGUCGUCGCGUCUGAAGCUUUGGGCCUUCAAGUUCGAUUUUGAUGCUUCAGAAAAAGACAUAGCAGAACCACUGAUGGACUUAAAGCAAGGCAUAGAGCUUUUGAAGGUAAACAAAACUUUCAAAGUGAUCCUGUCGACCCUGAGGUCUGUGGGAAGCUUCCUGAACGGUAGCCACGUGAAGGGUUUCAGGCUGGAAUACCUGUCGAAAGUCAUGGAAGUCAAGGACACAGUUCACAAACAUCCGCUCCUAUAUCACAUAUGCGAAAUGAUCAUAGAAAAGUUCCCGGAUAGCACCGACUUUUUCAGUGAAGUCGGUCCAGUAAUCCGGGCAUCAAAAGUAGACUUCGACGUACUGAGCACCAAUCUCAACAAACUGGAAGCCGAUUGCAAAGCGUCUUGGGAUCACAUGAAAAGAAUCGCCAAACACGACGGCUCGCAAAUAUUCAAGACGAAAAUAAACGAUUUCGUCACCGAUGCCGCUGAGAGAAUUAUAUUACUGUCCGUUAUUAAAAAGAGGGUGAUGAGCAGAUACCGCAAGUUCCUAUUAUACCUGGGAGUGCCUCCCGCUGACAUUUCAAAGAAUAAGCCUUCAGAGUUCCUGAAGGUGAUCGCAGAAUUCGCUCUGGAGUAUCGCACCACGCGAGAGAGAGUUCUGCAGCAGUUAGAGAAGAGAGCCAACCACCGAGAGAGGAACAAGACUAGGGGAAAAAUGAUAAUUGAUAUGGGUAAUUACUCAAGUAAGAAUGGAGACCAUACAGCAGACAGUGCACUGAAGGAGCUUCUGAAGACAGACCCCGACACAGACAGCCUUACCGAAGGAAGACGCAAGUCUCAAAUAUCUACUAACAAAUUGCUUGUCAAUGGCGACCUAUCGGCUGAUGACGAAAUCAUUGAGAGCCUGGUGAAAUCAGCAAUGUCUGCGAGACGGCCGAUAACCCGAGAGCGAAGGAAGAACAGGAUCUCCGACAAGAAAAGCUGGAACAGGACUCUCGACGGUCAUCAGUCGUGGCCUGGCCGUGAGAACAAUACAGGAUCUACUACUGAGAUCCAGCACAGAUAGUGGACCAUAUUAAAUAUAAUGAUAAUUACUUAUAUUAUUAUGAUCUAAUUAUGUGGUACCUAUUGAAUUUAAUAUUUUUAAUCACUCUCACAUUAUCAGUAGCAAAUUACUUAUUUUUACAUUCUUCUAUCAUUUAAUAUAACUGUGCUCACAAUUCGUGUGCGUGGACCUAAACCUAUUGGAGCCUGAGAAGUUUUAAAGUAAAUUGUAAAUACCCUAAACUUUUAUAUUUUUUCCGAUAUCGGAUUUGGAAGGAACAAAACCUAUAUUGCGCGCAUAGCUAUAUUCUGGCCGCAUAUAAAAACUAUGCGAAAGUCCAUUUACUAGUUUCGGAAGAGUACGGUAACAAACACACAGAAAAUAUCUAAAACACGCUGAUCUGUUUUCUAUUAACUGUUCCUCCCUCAGUCUUUUUCUUCUUUAUUAUUUUUCUUUAAUUUACAAAUACACUGGAUUUUGCUGUUUUAUUAUAUAUACAAAGUCUUACUUACUUUCUUAUAAUGUACAGACUAGUGUACCGCCCCGGACACGGUACUAUUUAUUAUACUCACAGAUAGAUACAGACUUCUUAUUCUAAUGUUAAUCUAUCUUUCUUGCACUUUUAUGGUUAGGUAAUAAAAUGUGUAAGAGAGUAAAAAAAAUAUGCAAUUAGUGUAAUUUGACAAAAUUUAGGCACUAGUCAUAGUCAUAACACAUGAUAUCUAUGUAGAUAUCUCACCGGUAUAAUUUGCAAAGAGAAAAUUGGAAUAUAAACAGCUUUCAUAUUUUAAAAUUUAUAUGUACUUAUAACAAUAAUACAUGAAUGUAACUUGAAAAUUCUAUUUGCGUGUGUCGACAGACUCACUUAUUUUUUUCGAAAUAUCCAUUUAAUAUUUCCGUUUUCUUUUAUUAUUUGUCGAAUUAAUACUAAUAGCAAUAAAAUAACGUUGUCUAGUAUUCUUUAAAUAUUGUAAUAAUACAGAUAGAAAUAAAAUAGUCUUUAAAAUAUUCCCAUUCAAUUUAUUUAAUAUCAUCAUUAUAACAGAAACGCAUUUUGAGAAAUUGCAUUUUAUUAUUCCAUUGUGAGAGUGAUAAAUAUAAUAACGUAUAAUGUUGUCGGUUCCUUAAAAAAUCCUUGCGAAAAAAUGUCUGAUUAGAUAAUGAAUAAUAAUAGAAAAGUAUUUGCGUAAAUUUCCUGCCAUGUAUAAUGUGAGGCAGGGUAGGUAUAAGGAAAAUUUUUGGCAUUAGUGCAAUAAAAUUCCCUGAUAAUCAUGUCCUUAGAAGCUAAUGAGUCACUAUUAUAUUAACUAAGAAAAAUUCUCUACGAAGUAUUUUGGAUAUUACCGUAACCUAUGAACAUAGAGUAGUAGGUACCUUCUUACUGCUAAAUUAUACCACGAUAAUUAUUUAUGUCUCAUUAUGUUAUUGUAUUUUGUAUUUAUGUAAAUAGUUCGUGUAAAUAACUCUUGAUUGGUUUUUUUACAACGUUGUAUUUGGUAAUACAGAGAUCAGGAAUCUAAGCGUAAAAUUAAUUUAAAUAGAAAUGGCGACAUAAGUUCAAUAUAAAUGUCGCAAAUUUGCAAAAGAAUAUUGAUAUUAUUAUGAAUUAUCCCUACAUUAAGAACUAUCACAUGGGCUAUCUUGUAUUGUUAAACAUAACGAAACAUUAAUUAAAUUUACGUGUACAAGAAUAAUCUUUGACGCGCUUCUAGAUAAUGUAGCAAUAAUUUAUCAUAAUAUUAUGUGACGAGUCAACAUUCACUGUUUUUAAUGAUUUAUGUACGUUUAAAAUUGGAUUAAGUAACUGUAGAUAUAAUAAAAUAGAUCUACAUAAACUCAAACUGGAUAUGAAAUUUGCCGUGGCUAAAGAACGUAAUGUUAUUUAUCUAAUACAUAAUUAUUUAUCUCAUUGAUGUUUAAGUUAGUAAUCCAAAUUAAGUAGCUACCUAAGCAGACUAGAGCUUUCUAAUACGAGAUACAAACAUAUCGAUCCCAUGAUUUAAUCAUUUACAACGUGAAAAAUGUAAUAAGAACAAACUACCUAGAUAUGGCUAAGUCUUGAACUAUUUAAUCAUCAAACAUAAAUUAAUUGUCUUGUAAUGAUUGCUAUAAGUGCUCACCUCCGUGUUGUAAUAGAAUUUGACUAUUAAUUCCAUAUAAUCAAUUUAAAUAAAUGUGUACUACCUAAA